GCAGGCGCAACAUGGACUUUAACAGGAUAAUUGUUUUGAUUUAGCCCGCUAGCUUCCCUGGGAAAUACUUGCUGUUGUUCUCACAAUUGUGAGCGAUGUAAGUGAUUUUGGCAUAUAGGAACAUUCUCCCUAAUGUAAACUCUUGAGUCUUUGUCUUAUUUUAGGUGGAAUCUUUCAAACAAAAAGAUGAUUUUCACUAACGGAGCUAACAUUAGCUAGCCGGCUAACACGGUUUCGGUAGCAAACAUGACGAUGAUGGUGAUGCUAACGAUGAUGAGGAGGAGCUGCGUGUAGAAAACACUGACCAGACAUUGGAUCGCGCUGAUUUCCUGCUUGUCAAUCAUUGUUCUCCAGGGUUUUUCUGUCUUUGUGUCUGGCUAGCCAGUAAACAAGACUUAACACCAUUUUUUUUUGUUUGUUUUGUUUUUAUUAUAAAGAAAUCGUCGGGCUGUUUUUAAUCUUUGGAGGUUGGUAUGCUGUACAAUUCAACUAGAUGACAUUAAAUACAAAUGUGGAGAUUACAAAACAGCGAUGUACAUGUACCUGCCCAGAUGUUUUGGUUAUUUGUUGUUUGUUUUAAUCGCGUCAGUGUUGUCCCGUUCCGGUUGUCCUCACUGAUACGUGUCCAAAUAUGUGAUGUUGUUAAGCAGUGAGUUGAACCUCCGUCACUUUCUUCCAAUGGGGGAGGAAAAGCCGGACACGCUGGACUUUGUGAAGGAUUUCCAGGAGUAUCUCAGCCAGCAGACUCAACAUGUCAACAUGAUCUCAGGCUCUGUGAGCGGGGUCAAGGAGGUGGACGAGCUGCCGGCAGAAUGCAGCCAGAAUGGCCUGGAACAUCCUUCGGUGGACAUAUCCCUGGAGGACAGCUCAGGGAUCCUGGUGGAUGGUUUCGAGAGGACCUACGAUGGAAAACUCAAGUGCCGCUACUGCAACUAUGCCACAAGAGGAACAGCCCGACUCAUUGAACACAUCCGCAUUCACACAGGAGAGAAGCCUCACCGCUGCCACCUGUGCCCAUUUGCCUCCGCCUAUGAGCGCCACCUGGAAGCUCACAUGCGCUCUCACACGGGUGAGAAGCCUUACAAAUGUGAGCUCUGCUCGUUCCGCUGCAGCGACCGCAGCAACCUGUCGCAUCACCGCCGCAGACGCCACAAACUCCUGCCAAUGAAAGGUGCUCGCUCCCUGUCCCAUAAGAAGAUGCUGAGUGUCCUGCAGAAGAAGGCCAGCUCUCUUGCCUACGGUCGACGUCUCCUCAUCAAUUUCAGCCCCCCGUCGAUGGUGGUGCACAAAGCUGACGGGGUGAAUGACUUCUCCCACGAGCUGCCCCACUUGCGUCAAGAAACCUUCGAUAACCAGAGCCGGGCGGCGGAGGACGGGCUCUCCUCUGACCCAAACCACCACCACCACCACCAUGAGAUGGUGAUGGAAAACCCUCUGAACCAGUUGUCCACCCUGGCAGGCCAGCUGGCCAGCCUUCCACCAGAAGCCCAGGCCCAGACCCAGGCUCCAAUGUCUCCAGGAGCAGAGUCCGUAGUUGACGAAAAGCCCUUCCUCAUCCAGCAGCCGCACCCCGCCACCGCUCCUGUUGCCGUCACGGCCAGCAUGACUCGCGCCGCGUCCUCUUCCCCGAUCACCCCAGAGCCCCGCGCCCCUCCACACAGUAACUGCAGUCCCACAGGUGGACCGUGCAGCGAGCACAGCGGGCGCACCAGCACCCCGAGCAUAUCCAACAGCCAGCCCAGCACCCCGGCCCCGGGCCAGUCCGCCCCCGUUCAGGACCCCCACAUGCUGCAUCACUGCCAACACUGUGAUAUCUACUUCCCCGACAACAUCCUCUACACCAUCCACAUGGGGUGCCACGGCUACGAGAACCCAUUCCAGUGCAACAUCUGUGGCCACAAGUGCAAAAGCAAGUAUGACUUUGCCUGCCACUUUGCUCGGGGGCAGCACAAGUGAUCGAAGAACAGGAAAAAAAACUCUUGAGAACUAUUUUAGCACACCACUUGUUUUUACUUACUAGGAAUUUUAUUUAUUGGUCUUUUCACUUGGCCUGUAUGUAGCAUAGGCUUUUAAAGUUAUACUUGCACAGGGCAACGUUGGCAUUCAGAACAUAAUCUUUUAGGCAUACCUAAUGGUGCCCCGUUCUAGUGUAUCACAAAGGAAUAGUCAGUGUUUUUGACAUGUCAAGAAUUUAUUUGCGGUGGUGGUAGAAGUCAUAUGUAUUCUGGAUCCAUUUCCCUAUAUGGUUUAUUUACUUGGAAUGCACUGGAUUUGACUCAAAUAUACAUAUAUGGAUGUUUUUUUUUCCCUAAAUAUUGAAUCAGUUUUCUAUGUUGAAUUUUAAACAAACAAAGUUUUAAUUAAUUUGUGGACAGAAAAUUACAUCAAGUUGAAAGUCACCUGUGUUUAUUAGAGCAACAUGAGUUUUCCAGCUUAUAUUUUUAAAUUUGCUCUCAACACCUUUUCUUUUUUUGGAAAAGCUCAGUGCCCAUCAGAGGUUUACAUGCACUCUGCUUUGUAUGUAUCAAUGUCUUUGAUUUUGGGUGUUUAAUGAUUCAUUUGAACUCUUCUCCAAAACGGAUUUAUUGUAAAACUUAAAACCUUAGUGAACUUCAGAAACACAAGUUGGGUGUACACUGUUACAUUUACUGUCUCAUAUAUAAACACACUCCAAAUAAUAUGUAUUUUAAUGUCCUUUACUGGAUUUCUGGUUUGAAUGCUGCUUUAAAAGAUUGUCCACAAAUUUAGAGUUGAGCUUUUACCUUUGGACAUCUAUCCAGAAGAAACAUGUUUUAGAGAUUCCAAAACCAUUUUUUAUGGAGUAUUUAAGAUUAUCAUAUUGUUGAAAUAACAACAAUUUGUCAAAAUUUUAAGUGUCUGAGCUAAGUCAGCAUUGCCGAUAGCUCCUGUCUCAGCCAGUUUGAAAUUUGCUUAAAGAUAAAUUAACUUUUGUAAUUCAGAAAGAAAAUUGUCAAUUUUUCAGCCAGGACUGGACCAAAAGAAAGCAUGGCCAUGACUGCAAAAAGUGCAUCAACUUGCUGCAGCAUAUUCAUCACAUUUUGACAUUAUUUGUAUUAGAAAACACUACAGUACACUAAAACCUUUUUUUUUUUUAUUUACUGUCAUUUUGUAAUCAUUCCACCUUGAGGAAAACAAAACUGUUCAGCUAAACCAUUAACUGCCUUAGAAACAAUUUGAGGUUGAUGCCUGUGUUUAGUGCUUGUAAACAUCUGACUUGGCACUGAACAAAUCGGCCGAUCCGGUUUUAUAUUUUUUACAUCGUUGACAGAACCACAAAAAUAAAUUCUCAACACACCCAAAGUAACUUUACUCAUUUCUCAGAUAUUUACUGUUGGCCUUAUUGAAGCCUUGUUGAAAUUAUUUCUGUGCUUGGUGCAUUACUACAAUUUCUUUGCAGUGCCUGACAUUGUCACCUUUUUUGUGUCAAAAGUUUGAGACGACUGUCAUUUGACAAUACUAUUUCCUGUUCUUAUUAUAGCAGCUUGACCCAGAACCUUAUGGAUAACAGAAGAGUCAGUUGUUGCAGUUUGAUUGUGGUUGCCGUGAUUGUAUUUCUCAACAUUUUACUGGCCAAAAUUUCUUCUCCAUGAAUGCUGCUAACUAACCUAAGAGUUUAUGCCAGCUCUGUCUGGAACAAGAAAGUGGCAUCAGCAGUGAAACCUGGCCAAAGCUUGGAGAAGAUGGCUUUUGGUCAGGAAGUGUUUUAAGGUUCCUCCAUCAUGAUGCCGUGAUUAACUUGUUCCUUUUAAGUUGUUAAUAAUUAUUUUUUCUCCAUCAUGUUAUUGUCUUGACUAUUUUGACAGUGUAUGACGUCCUUUUGUAACAAGUGUCUCCGUAUUUAAAUACAAAAUCAAACUUGUGUCUCAUACGAACACUGUUUCAGGAUUGCCACGUAGCACGAUCUAGCCUUUGGUAGUUCUCAAUGAAAUCGUUCAUUAAAUAUAAGUAUCCCAGUGCUUUUUACAUUGAAUAUUUAUUGAGUAUUAUAUUCUGAAUGGUUGGAUAGAUGUUCCAUGUAAAACAAAAAAAAUGUUUAACUGUGUUGGCUGUAAGACUUCAGCAAGGUUGUCCUUUGUCUUGGGAACUGUUGUCUGUUGCUUACCGACACAAGUAGAGGGUGUAGUUGCUGUUUUUAGAAGCACCGCCUUGUUAUUGUUCCCAAACUUAAUGGAGACAUUCAGUAAAAGGCUGCCUUAUGUUCUCUGUCUGUCGUAGAUUCAUGAAUGUCAAACUUAUGACCAUCUCCCUGAGCUGAGAUGUCAGAAGAGUUUCUUGUGAUAUGGAUUACUAAUUUAUAAGUAAAGUGUUUUCUAACUGACUUGAA